ACCUUGCCUUGACAUUUACUUUUGGGGAUCUCUCAAGCAAGACAACUGACUUCUAGAGACACAACUUUGAGACUUAGGGUUUUAUUUUUGGACGUCCGUGCAAGAAGCUUUCUGAGGAAACAUGGUGGCAGCAGGCUUACAGAUGCUGGGCAUUGCCCUGUGCAUUAUUGGCUGGAUCGGGACCAUCAUUGCCUGUGCUCUACCCCAGUGGAAAGUGACAGCCUUUGUCGGCCAGAACAUUGUCACGGCUCAAACCACGUGGGAGGGCAUCUGGAUGACCUGCGUGGUCCAGAGCACAGGCCAGAUGCAGUGCAAGGUUUACGACUCGAUGCUGGCCCUUUCCAAUGACCUCCAGGCUGCUCGCGCCCUCCUCAUCGUCUCUAUCCUGCUGGGCGUCAUGGGCGUCCUGCUGUCCAUCGCUGGAGGCAAGUGCACCAACUGCGUGGAGGACGAAAGCUCCAAAGCCAAAGUUGGCAUGGUAUCUGGUGUGAUCUUCAUUGUUGCUGGUGUUUUGUGCCUCAUCCCCGUGUCCUGGACAGCAAAUACCAUCAUAAGGGACUUCUACAACCCAAUAAUGAUGGGCUCUCAGAAGAGGGAGCUGGGCGCUAUGGUGUCUCAGGGGAUUCAGUUGAUUGGCAUAACGAUGGCCCUGAUUGGCUGGUUCAUGGUGGUGGUCGUGUGCGCCUUGCCCAUGUGGAAGGUCACCGCUUUCGUCGGGGCCAACAUCAUUACGGCCCAGACCAUCUGGCAGGGCAUGUGGAUGAACUGCGUGGUGCAGAGCACAGGCCAGAUGCAGUGCAAGAUGUACGACUCCAUGCUGGCCCUGCCCCAGGACCUGCAGGCCGCUCGAGCCAUGAUCAUCAUCGCCAUCCUGACUGGAAUCUUUGGAGUGGUCUUGUCAAUCGCUGGCGGGAAAUGCACUAACUGCAUCGAGGAGGAGCGAUCCAAGGCAAAGGCUUGCAUCCUGGGUGGAGUUUUGUUCAUCGUCUCGGGGUUUCUCUGUCUCAUUCCGGUCUGCUGGUCUGCCAACACCAUCAUCACCAACUUCUACAACCCGAUGCUGAUGGAAUCCCAGAGGUAUGAGCUCGGAGCGGCGCUGUACAUCGGCUGGGCGGCCGCCGCAUUGCUGCUGAUGGGAGGGGGACUACUGUGUUGGAACUGCCCACCCAAACAUGAACACCGCCACUACGCACCCAAAUUCACACCUGUGAAGUCUGUCUCCACAUCAAGAGAAUAUGUAUAAGAUGGUUUGCCCUUCCUAUGUGGACUCCCAAGGACACAGGAACUGCAACAAAGGAAAAAUGAUAGUUUGCUUUAGAACUUAUAUUCACAUAUAAUCACAGCUAAUGUCAAUAUGGCAUUAAAUCACAGCUUUCCACAAGUUGACUCAUUGUUUAAUUGCAGUUGGUGUAUUUAUCAAGUUGAACCUGGGACUGCUCACUCCUCAGUGGAACAGUGUCGUCAUCAUCCAUGUUAGCGCUGUCUCUUUCCUGCUGUGACCCUGGCUCAUGAUUAUGUUUUAUUUUAAGUCACAAAUUUUAAACGUUGAAUAUCCUUUUUACAUUUUUGAACUCACACUGCAUUUGUGGCUGGUUGGUGUAUAAAUAGGAUAUGUAGCAUGACUACAGUUAGACUUUGUAAAUAUUUAGUAAUUCACAUAUCUUGAUUGUUAUAUAUCAACAAAUCAAGGCAGAAGAAAAGCAACUUACUUCUCCUUAAGAAAGAUUUGCAUGAUUGUAUCUUCCUUAAUAACAAAAGGUGUAGCCUAAGUAAUUGCUCUUUCUCUCGCUCUUUCUCUCUCGUCCCUCUUGUGUUAAGCAUAAUAUUUUGCUUUUUUUUUUUUAAUUUAUUGUCCUUUUCAUAGCCUGGGAAUUCCACCUUUAGGUCUACAAAACUUUGAAUGCUCGAAAUUUCUGUUUGUGAAGCUUGUACUUUUCUAUAACUGUAAAUAAAGCAUAUUCUUAAAG